AUGAGGAAGCAUGGAUGGCAACUUCCCUACCAUCCUCUCCAGGUGGUAGCUGUUGCUGUAUUUCUGGCAUUGGGGUUUGCUUUCUAUGUGUUCUUUGCCCCUUUUGUUGGGAGAAAAAUGUUUCAAUAUAUCGUGAUGGGGAUUUAUACUCCUCUGAUUGUAUGUGCCUUUGGCCUGUAUAUUUGGUGUGCGGCAGCUGAUCCAGCAGAUGCAGGUGUCUUUAAGUCCAAAAAGUAUCUUAAUAUUCCAGAAGACAAAAAGGAUAUCCGACUCAAGGAAUCUAAACUAGGUGGGGACUCAACAUCGUCAAUACAUGAUGCAAAUGCUGCAACAACUGAAGGGAAACCUAUUCCACAAGGCAUGAAAGACAUGGAUGCAAAAUCAGAUGGUCAUACUACUGAAAUUGAUAAGAAUGCAUCAUCUCACCAGAAAUCUUGUUUUUUGCCCCUGUUGGCUUUCUUCCCUUGUGCUUUCCUGUGGAAAUGCUCGAGUUCACAUGAGGAAUCUUCUGAGCAACAAAUUAGCGAAGAUGGCAUGUUCUACUGUAGUCUCUGUGAAGUGGAGGUAUGUGUUAAUCCAUACAUGCAUAGCAAUAUACAGCCUGGGGUUACUAAGAUGUAA